AGGGAGGGGACAGCGGGGACGUGGCGCUGGUGACACCCAGCCGUGCCAGAGCCUGCCCGGGCUCUGUGCUGGCUGAACGGUGAGGCUGUAGUGUGAUAUUUGUAUGCUCUCUGCAGUACUGACCCACCCAGGAACCUGUUUGUGGAAGGUGAUCAGCUCCGGAAACCUUUCAGCCUGAGCGUGCAACGUGGUAGGUGCAGCUAUGGACUUGUGUGGAGUGCAAAAAUAAGGUCAAGAAAUACUUCAAUGGUCUUCUGGAGUGUUGAAUAAAAGAAGGGAGAAAAAUGGAAGCAGAGACCAUUUUAAGUCUUAAACAGCAACUCAAGGAAGCAGAGAAUGAGCGAAGAAAGGCAGCACAAUAUGGUUUGCAUUUACUGGAGUCCCAAAGUGAGAUUCAAAAUCAGCUGGAUCAAACACGCUCUGAAUUGACUGAGAAAACUGAGAAAUUUGAGCAAGAGAAAUACACUCUUCAGAGAGAAAUUGAGCUCAAGAAUCGAAUGUUGGAAAGCUUGAAUUUUGAGUGUGAUUCCCUUAAACAACAGCAAAAUGUGCAACUGGAUAAUCAGAAAAAACAGCUUGACAGAGCCUAUGGACAAGAAAUCAGUGACCUUAAAAACAAGUUGGAGAACUUGAAAGCAGAACUGGAUGAAACCCGACUCUCAGAGAAACAGCUGAGACAAAAAGUGGAGCAUCAGAAGGAAAUAAUUGCUGCCAAAUCAGAAGAACUGCACAUGAUGUCUGAGCGUGUCCAUGAGACCAUGUCUGCCGAAGUGCUCAACCUGCAGAUAGAGCUCACUGAACUCCAGAGUCAGAAGGCCAAUGAUGAAGAAAAGCUGAAUGAACUGCAGUGCAGUAAAGAACAAUUAGAGCUUGUGAACAAUAACUUACGUAACCAGCUGGAGCGGCUGCAGGGGGAAAAAGAAGAGAGGGAAAAAGAACUUGUUUUUUACUGUAAUGCAUUAGAGAAAGCUCGUGAGGCUAAUCAGGAGCUUCAGGUUCAGCUGGAUCACGCAGUGCAAAAAUCUUUGGACCCUACAAGUAAAGGCAAUUCUCUCUUUGCUGAGGUGGAGGACCGUAGGGCAGAAAUGGAACGACAGCUGAUCAGUGUGAAAGUAAAAUAUCAGUCCCUACAAAAACAGCAUGCAUUCAGUAGAGAACAAUUGCAAAGAAUGAAGCUGCAGAUGGCUACACUGCUACAGCUGAAAGGCUCCCAGGCAGAAUUUGAUCAGCUGGAACGCUUACAGUCCAUGUUAGAGCAAAAGAAUGGUGAAAUAGAAGAUCUCCUUAUGAAAGUGAGGCAGCUAGAAAAAUUUAAGCUAAUGUAUGGUUACUAUGCAGAUUUACUGCAAAUUAAACUUGAUAACUCAAACAAGGAAACUGAAACACUGAAAAAUGAACUAUCCCUGCAGAGAAUGAAAGCUCUGUAUGAGAGCCAAAGGGUCCUGGAAUUUGAAAGGAAACUCUUCACAAAUGAGAGGCAUUUGCAAGCUUGUCAGAGUGAGAAUAUGAACCUGCGGGUUAUGCUGGAUGAGCUGAAAAUGAAAUAUGAACCUGAAGAAUUGCUUAAAGGUCCUAAAAUUAAAAAGAAGAGGGAAAGAAUUCCAGUGAAUGCUACUUGUGAAUACUUAGACAGCAAAAAUACUCCAGUAAAAGAAGCUGCUCUCACUCAAUUGCCAAGUAAGGAAGGGAAAAAGAUGACUGCCAAGAACCUGGAGCAAAGUGAUGCUUCUCCAAAAAAACAGCCUUUUCAAGCAUCCCCACUACAUACAGCUCUCCAGGCAAUACGAAACAUUGUUGAACCUGAAAGAGAAAGAAAAAGAGUUAAAAUUCAAGACGAGAAUCACCUCACCUUGACUUCGAAUAGCAGAAGUGGAAACAGCUCCUUGUCUCCAGCUGUCCCCAGGUUAACAGCUGAAUCCAGAUUUGAAACUACAGAAGAAGAUAAGAGAGAAACUAAAAUCUCAACAGAGAAGAAAACACAGAAGAAAAAACAUUCCACAUUGUAUGUAUCUUCUAAGGCAAGUUCUGAAACUCAAUGUGCUCAGCAAUAAAUCACUUCUGCAGGGAGCCUGGACAGUCUGGGGUCCUGCUUCAGCAGGAGCUGCUGAGUGAACUCUGGCUCACAUCAGUGCACAGGUUGCUGACUUGAGUAUUGAUCUGGCUGCUGUUAGAGCAGGGUGUGAUUGCCUGGCAGAGCUGGUGGCUUCCCUGAGGGCACCUGGUGUGUUCCCUGCACUUGACCUGAGGUGUGGCCUGCUCCCCACUCUCGGCAAGGUCUCUAACACAUUAAUUCUUCUUUCUUUGAAGCAUGGGGCUGUAGUGGAGGAGAAGUUCUGGCUAACAGAGGUUUUAUUGGAUGGUAAGACAGGUUGAUGGAGAACUCAAGUAAGUGAUGUGCUCCUAAAUGUCUUCCAGUUUCCAGAUUCAGAAUUCUUAAUGUUUUUCUUCCUAAUGUAUAACUUCCCAACCUACAGGCUGACCUAUUUGCAAAAGUGCAGUUGAAUCACUCUGUGUGUUUUGUUGGUCAGUAUUUGAAACUCUGUGGAUUGUUGUAUUUGUACUGUUAAUUAAAGGUUUUUCUUUAAAUUAAUGUUAAUUAAAGGUUUCUUUCUUUAUAAAAUGUAGCCUGUAAUGUAUUUGAGAAGAAACAUAUAUCAAUUUUUUAAAUGAAGGUGAUGUCUUUUGUAGAACUUUUUGUUAAAAAAAAAAUUACCUCUCAAUAAAUGAUAAGAAAGUGCAA